AGUCAACUAUCUUGGUAACGGAGCAAACUACAACAAACCACUGAGCAAAAAAACGCACGAGCCUACAGAGGUCAUUCUCCGCUCUACUGGUUGAAUUAACCCGACCGUAACCAAUCCCUGUUACUGCAAUGGACGGCUUUGAUUUAAAUUCGUCAGAAAAGGCUGAUGCUUCAGAGCUCCAAAGGAUGAUCGCAAUUGAACAACAGAAAGCGCAGUUUCAGGCCCAGGUGCAUAACUUCACAGAUGUCUGCUGGGACAAGUGCAUGGAGGGGAGCCCGAGUUCAAAAAUGGAUUCACGGACAGAGACUUGCCUCGUGAACUGUGUUGACCGCUUCAUUGACACUACCUUGUCAAUAACCAACCGGUUCACGCAGAUGGUGCAGAAGGGUGCCCAUUGAUGGGAGCUAGACUAUGGGAAAAAUACUUUUAUUUUGUAAAAGAACUGUGUUUUAUUUUGUAAAAGAACUGUGCAUUAUGUUUCCUUUAUGUCUCGAACCCCUAACACCAUUGCCUAAUAUGCUGAUAUGCCACAGUACAAUUAUUAAAGAGGUAGGCCUAAAUUGGACAUGAUAUAGAAUCACAACGUUUUUGGUUGCAAUACGGCUUUAUUAAAAUAACAUUUUUUAAAAAGAGGCCCAAGAACUACACCUACACCAUGCUGCUCAUUACAUCUAUGUAACGUAUGUGUGACAUCAUCAUUUUACAUAGUUUUCUUUCCUACAAUACUUUAGUAUGUGUAACAAAAUUGCCAUUUUAAAACAGUACACACAAAAAUAAUAAAGUUUAGAAAGGGGAAAAGGUAUGAACAAUAUGCCCUGAAGAGUACUUGUAAAUAGGCCAGUAAACCUGUUCAGUUCUGUUUCAUUUCAUCCACACUCAUCUCAUCAUGUUGUGCCAUUCAUAUUGAGUAAAGCA